CAUUCCAUUCCAUCUCACAUACUCUCAUUUUCUCUUGCCCUCUUUUUCUCUCUCUUCUUCACGAUCUCUUUCUUCUUCCUCUCGCUUUACAUCAACAAUGGUUGAUCAACUCAGCGACGAUCAGAUCUCUGAAUUCAAGGAAGCCUUCAGCCUAUUCGACAAGGAUGGCGAUGGUUGUAUUACCACCAAGGAACUCGGAACCGUGAUGCGUUCACUUGGACAAAACCCAACUGAAGCCGAGCUACAGGACAUGAUUAAUGAAGUAGAUGCUGAUGGAAAUGGAACUAUUGAUUUCCCAGAGUUCCUCAACCUGAUGGCCAAGAAGAUGAAGGAUACUGACUCAGAGGAGGAGUUGAAAGAAGCUUUCCGAGUUUUUGACAAGGAUCAAAACGGUUUCAUUUCUGCAGCUGAACUUCGUCAUGUUAUGACAAACCUCGGUGAGAAGCUGACCGAUGAAGAAGUUGAUGAAAUGAUCCGUGAGGCUGAUGUAGACGGUGAUGGUCAGAUCAACUACGAGGAGUUCGUUAAGGUUAUGAUGGCCAAGUGAGAAUCCACCGAGUCUUACUUUAAAAACCCCCCUUGAAUUAAUUUACAGGACAGGGCAGAUAAGUUUGAUGAGAUUUCCAAAAUUCUAUCCCCUCUAGGUCAAACUCAUAAUAUGGCACUAUAAUUAUCAUUAUUAUUAUUUUUAAUAGUCUUUUUUUUUUUUUUUUUUUUUUUUUUUUUUGGUGUUUCAUCUCUUUUUUCUUGCUUUUAUUGUGUAGGUAAAUCUUCUUUGCUAUAUAUGCUUAUUUGCCCUGUCCUGGGUUCUACAAGUUUUGGGGUUAAUAGUUUUUUCUUAUCUUAUUAUUUAAGCUUUUUCAUCUUUGGUAAUAUGAACCUAGAACAAUUGGAUUCAAAUUUUAUUGGCUUUUGGUUGACUAAA